CUCUCUCUCUCUCUCUCUCUCUCUCUCUGGUGAAGAUAUAAAUGUGCGCGCGCUCGACUCGCUCGUCAGUGUGGCGCGGGUUGCGCGCAGACACUCGUAUUCAGAAAUCCGACACGUACGAGUAAAACAAACUCUAAAUAUAAGAGUAAUAAGCAGAAUAACAUACAACAGACCCAUAAAUAGCUAACAUAGAAUAAAUUUAGAUCCACUUGUGAUGGAAUCUGCUGCUGUGAACUUUAGAUUCUCCUGCACAAGCUGGAAACUCUGAAGUGAAAUACCUGUGUAAAAAUAGCCCGCGGGAGCGCGUCUGCUCGCCGUGUCUGAUGGUCCGGAUCCUCCGUGAUCUGCUGCCGUUAACCGGAGGUGUGUGUGUGUGUAUCGGAUGAGCUGAUGAUGGGUGAAGCGUUCACACACACUCAGCGCUGCGGGAAACAUCUGCGACUGCUGCUCUUCAUCCUGCUGCCGUGUGUGUGUGUCCUCAUCUGUGUGUGCGUGCUGCUGCUGACGCUCACAGGUCUGUUUGGGAAUAAUGGCCUGCUAGAUGCCGGAGCUUUUGUCUCCAUAGCGACGCUCCCUCCGCCGGCCUUUAACGACAGUGACUCCCGCCUGAUGACUGCUGAUAAUGGGACAGUGGCGGUGCCGACGGACGCUCCUCUGCAGUGGGACUCGACUCUCUGGAUGCCCCGCGCCGACACGUCUCCAUCCGCAAGUCCCACUGCUGUUUCUGUGGACUGGUGGACAUCCACAUCCACGGUGACCAGUCUGAAUGCCGAGCCUGGUAUCUGCUCUGACAUCACGGAGAGCCAGUGUAACAUGCUGCCGUACAACCAGAGCGGUGUGAUGGUGGGCCGCAGUGUGGUGAAGAGCAGCGAACUGCAGAUGUUCCUUAAGUUCUUCAGCUACCUGAGCCGCCUGUCCUGCUACAGACACAUCAUGCUGUUCGGAUGCUCCAUCGCACUCCCACAAUGCAUCAGCCACAGAGACGGCAGGACUCUGGUUCUGCCAUGUCAAUCGUUCUGUGAAGCAGCUCGUGAGGGCUGUGAGCCGGUGCUACAGAUGUUCAAUGCCUCCUGGCCAGAGUUCCUGCGCUGCUCUCAGUUCAGCAAUAACAGCGGGACAGCAGUGGAGAACACAGCGCUCUGCUACACACCCAAACACGCGCGAGGAAAACUCUCCGUAUGUGGAGGAAACGAUCACUUCCUGUGUGCGACUGGAAUAUGUGUCCCCCUGAAACUAGUGUGCAAUGGAUACAACGACUGUGACGACUGGAGCGACGAGGCUGAUUGCACUUGUGCAGACACUCAGCAUUUGUGUGGCACCGGCCGCUGCAUUAAUUCCGAUCUUCUCUGCGACGGCUACGAUGACUGUGGUGAUCUGAGCGAUGAGCAAAACUGUGUGUGUGAUGAGCUUGAAGAGCACCACUGUGGGGAUGGACGCUGUAUUCCUCGAGAGUGGCUCUGUGACGGAGAUCAUGACUGUCUGGACAAGAGCGACGAGCUCAACUGCUCGUGUAAGUCCCAGGGUUUAGUGGAGUGUAAGAACAAGCAGUGUAUUCCCAGUGCCUUUCGAUGCGAUGGUGAAGAUGACUGUAAAGAUGGCAGCGAUGAAGAGAACUGCACACAGCAGCACAUCCAGGGUUUGUGUCCUUCUGGCCAAUCCGGCUGUUCUUCCACCUCCUGCUGUCCUGGAAACACAUCAUGUGACCUGCGCACCGCCGGCAACAACUGCAGCGACUGCGAGCCCAUUUCUCUGGAGAUCUGCAUGAAUCUGCCUUAUAACACCACCCGCUUUCCCAACUAUCUGGGUCACCAGUCUCAGAAGGAGACGUCCGUCAGCUGGGAGUCCUCACUCUUUCCUGCCCUCGUUCAGACCAACUGCUACAAAUAUCUCAUGUUCUUUGCGUGUACGGUGUUGGUGCCGAUGUGUGACCCUGUGACACAGCAGAGAGUGCCGCCCUGCAGGUCUCUGUGUAGGAAUUCAAAGGACCGCUGUGAGUCUGUGCUUGGAAUCGUGGGAUUGCAGUGGCCUGAGGAUACAGACUGUGCUCAGUUUCCGGAGGAAGGACAAGCUAACAGUUCCUGCUUACUUCCUGAUCCGGAUGUGAAUGAGUGUUCUCCCAGUCACUUUAAGUGUCGCUCUGGAAGAUGCGUCCUCUCCUCUAAACGCUGUGAUGGACACACAGACUGUGAUGACGACAGUGACGAGGAAAUGUGCGGGUGUUUGGAGCGGGGCUUGUGGGAAUGUCCCGGAGACAAAUCCUGCAUCCCUCACAGCAUGAUCUGUGACGGCUUCCCAGACUGCAGCCAACACGAGGACGAGAACAACUGCUCGGCGUGCAGCAGUCAUGAGCUGGAGUGUAAUAAUCAUGAGUGUGUUCACCGUGCGCUGUGGUGUGACGGCAGGAGACACUGCUCCGACAGCUCAGACGAGUGGAACUGCGUGUCCCUGUCUGAUGAGGGCUCGCUGCUGGUGUAUAAGGCCGGCUUGGAGUAUCAUGUGUGUGCGGAUGGAUGGAGCCCAAACCACAGCAGCGUCACAUGCACACAGAUGGGUUUAGGUUCUCCUCUCUCCACAGAUGCAAUGUUGGAUGUAUCUCCUGUUGUGAGACGCAAACGCUGGUUACAUGUGGACCCAGACUGGAGUCCUGAGAACAUGCUUCCUCUACAGGGCCUGCUGGAAAAACGAGGGCAGAGCUGUCAAUCAUACAAGAAGAUCUCACUGCAGUGUACAAGAGACGAGUGUGGCCGUCGCCCUGCUGCCCGGUUGGUGAAGAGAAUUCUGGGAGGCCGAACGAGCCGUCCGGGUCGCUGGCCAUGGCAGUGCUCUCUGCAGAGCGACCCGAGCGGACACAUCUGCGGCUGCGUCCUCAUCGGGAAUAAGUGGGCACUUACUGUAGCUCACUGCUUUGAGGGGCGUGAGAGUGCUGAUGUGUGGAAGGUGGUUCUGGGCAUAAAUAAUCUGGAUCAUCCGUCUCCAUACAUGCAAACGCGGCGAGUCAAGAGCAUCAUCGUUCACUCGCGCUACAAUCGUGCCGUGGUGGAUUAUGACAUCAGUGUACUGGAACUGGAGUCUGAGGUGCUGGUGACCAGUUACGUGCGACCUGUGUGUUUGCCGCGGCACGGUCAGCUGCCAAAACCUGACAAAUACUGCCACAUCACAGGCUGGGGACACGUGGGAAACCGCAUGCCGUUUAAGCUCCAGGAGGGAGAGGUGCGGAUCAUCUCUGUUUCUCAGUGUCAGUCUUACUUUGACAUGAAGACCAUCACCUCUCGCAUGCUCUGUGCUGGAUACGAGGCCGGAACCAUCGACUCCUGUAUGGGUGACAGUGGCGGUCCGCUGGUCUGCGAGGAGGACGAUGGACACUGGUCUCUGUACGGUUUGACCUCCUGGGGCUCCGUGUGUUUCUCUAAGGUCCUGGGCCCUGGUGUCUACGCCAAUGUGACGCACUUCACUGAGUGGAUUGAGAGACAGAUUUACCUGCGUACAUUUAACCUGCUGUAGGUAAAAAAAACACACACAGACACACGGAUUGAGACGGACUCGGGACGACAUGUCUGUGAACCGCUACACUGAUCAUUCCAGGCAGACUCAACAGUAUGUGAGUGUGAUGUCUUAUGGAGACAUUAUUUUGGACCCCAUUAGGAAAAUGGUAUGUGUGUAAGUGGGAGUGUGUGUAUGAUUGAGAGAGAUUCCUAGUAUUAACUACACUAUGGAGAUCAUAUAUAAGGGUACCCCUCAAGUAUAGUAAUACCAGUCAUUUUUAACCUUAUAAGGACACUAUUUUUGGUCCCCAUGAGGAAAACUGUACGUGUGGGGGUGGAAAUGUGUGUAUGAUUGAGUGUGUGUUCCCAGUGUUAACUCCAUUAUAAAGAUCAUAUAUGGGGACCCCCUCAAAUAUAGUAAUACCAGUCAUUUUUUACCUUAUGGGGACAUUGUUGUGGUCCCCAUAAGGAAAACAGUAUGUGUGUGAGUGUGAAUGUGUGUAUGAUCAUGGGUGUGUGUGUGUGUGUGUGUCUUUGUGUGUGUGUGCACCAGGUGUUAACCACAUAUCAUAUUUGGGAACCCCCUCAAUUAUAGUAAUACCUCUCAUAUUUAACCUUAUGGGGACGUUAUUUUGGUCUCCAUGAUGAAAACGGUAUGUGUGUGAGUGGGAUUGUGUGUAUGAUUGCGAGCGAGUGUGUGUGUGUUCCCAGUAUUAACUCUAUUAUAAAGAUCAUAUAUGGUGACUCCCUGAAAUAUAGUAAUACCAGUCAUUUUUGACCUUAUGGGGACAUUAUUGUGGUCCCCACGAGGAAGACGAUAUGAAUGUUUGUAUGAUUAAGAGUGUGUGCGCACCCAGUAUUAAGUACAUUAUGGCGAUCAUAUAUGGGGACCUCCUCGAGUAUAGUAAUAACUGUCAUUUUCUACCUUAUGAGGACAUUAUUUUGGUCC